CAAUGGCAGAAUCUACAUUGACGUCAACAAAAGGAAAAGGAGCCAGAAGACGGAACAUAAAUGAACCCAUGUCUUUGUCCAGAGUUCCACUGUCGGAGGAUCUUCAGUGCUCAAUAUGUCUGGAGGUGUUCACUGAUCCGGUCAGCACUCCAUGUGGACACAACUUCUGCAAGAGCUGUCUGAAUACAUGCUGGAACAAAACCCAGACCUGCAGCUGUCCAAACUGUAAAGAAACAUUCACACAGAGACCUGAUCUCAAGAUUAACACCACACUCAGAGAGAUCUCAGAGCACUAUAAAGAGGAAAGACCUGAGGAAAAGGCUGAAGUUGUGUGUGACGUCUGUGAGGACAGAAAGCUGAAGGCUGUAAAGUCGUGUCUGGUGUGUCAGAGCUCUUACUGUCAAACUCACCUGGAGCCUCAUUUGAGAGUGGCAGGUUUAAAGAAACACAAACUGAUGGAUCCUGUGAGGAAUCUGGUGGACUAUAUAUGUCAGGAACACGACAGACCUCUGGAGCUCUUCUGUAGAGAUGAUCAGACGGGUGUGUGUCUGUACUGCUCUUUCACCGACCACAAAAAUCACAAAACCGUUUCUUUAGAAGAGGAGAGUAAAGAGAAGAAGUCUGAACUGAUGAAGACACAGAAAGACGUGCAGCAGAUGAUCCAGGACAGAAUCAAGAAGAUUCAGGAGGUCAAACACUCAGCAGGAGUGAGUUUGAUAAAAUCAGAGGAGGAGAAAGAUCUGAUCCGCUCCAUUGAGAGAUGUCAGACUGAACUGCUGGAGAUGAUGGAGGAGCAGCAGAAAGCAGCAGAGAAACAGGAGAAACAUCUGAUUGAAGAGCUGGAGCAGGAGAUCACUGAGCUGAAGAUGAGAAACACUGAGCUGGAGCAGCUCUCACACACUGAAGAUCACCUCCACCUCCUACAGAGUUACUCAUCCCUGCACAGACCUGCAGACACCAGGAACUGGCCUGAGAUCAGUCUGAAGACUCAGCAGAAUCUGUACCGUAUAAGGAGAACUUUCAAUCAGCUAAGGAACACCAUAGAGGAGAAACUCAGUCAAACUGAGCUGAAGUGGAUGCAGCAGUAUGCAGUGGAUGUGACUCUGGAUCCUGAUACAGCGAAUCCACAUCUCAUCCUGUCUGAUGAUGGAAAACAAGUGAAACAUGGAGACAUCAGACAGAAUCUCCCAGACACACCACAGAGAUUUGAUACAUGUCCCUGUGUCCUGGGAAAGGAGGAAUUCUCCUCAGGGAGAUUUUAUUUUGAGGUGGAGAUGAAGGGAAAGAAUAAAUGGGAUUUAGGAGUGGCUACUGGAUUCUGGGCUGUGGUUCUGAGGAAUGGGAAUGAAUAUAAAGCCUGUGCCGAUUCUCCUGUCUCUCUGUCUGUGAGAGUGAAUCUGCAGCGGGUCGGUGUGUUUGUGGAUUAUGAGGAGGGUUUGGUCUGCUUUUAUGAUGUGGAGUCCAGCUCUCAUGUCUACUCCUACACUGAUCAGACUUUCACUGAUAAACUCUUUCCAUAUUUUGGUCCAUGCUUAAAUGAUGGAGGUAAAAACUCAACACCAUUGAUCAUCACGUCUCUCCAUUGUAAUAAUAAAUGAAUUUAGAUCACUAAUGCUUGAUAAAACAAUGAUUUGUAUAAUUCAUGUUUGAAAAAUGUUUGAAAGUGUAAAAAAUUAUUAUUUAUAUUUUGUUUCAGUCUGUUGUUUUUAGCUGAAAAGUUUAAAUGCACAAAAUAAUUCUGUGAAAUUUCUCCCUUUUUUCUACCAGACAAUGAAACUUGGUUUAAAAUGUACUUAGGCCUACAACAUUUAAAUAAAGAGAGAUUGAUUUAUAAAAAGUGAUAAACAUAAUUUGUAAAUUUUAAUAUGUUCUUGUUUCUUGUCAUUUUGCCCAGUGUUUAAAGUGUGUAAAUAAAGUCUGU